UUAAUUCACCAUUGUUCCGGUGUUUUACUGUUUUUCACUUUUAGUCCUUCUCUUUUCAAUCUCUUAUCAUUUUUAAUCCCAAUUCCAAGCUCAAACAAUAUGCAACUUAAAAUGAAGUUUCUCCAUCUGUUUUUUUUAAAAUCAGAUCAUCAAUUACUUCAAUCUGAUUACACUUGAAUAAAAAUCCGAUCUUUAUUUAUUUCUUGGAAAAAAAAUUAUGAGUGAAGAAAAAACAAGUAAUGAGAUGGAAAAUCUAUCUUUACAAGCAAAAAACAGAUGCCCAAGAGAUUUAUUACAAAGAUUUACAAUACCCAUAUCCGGAAUCGGAGCCCCGAGAAGUUCCUACCCGGAUGAGGAUCCGGGUUCGGGUGAUGAAAUUGAACUGAAUCUCGGGUUGUCAUUAGGUGGAAGAUUUGGUGUAGAUAAAGGAGGUAAUAGCAAAUUGAUAAGGUCAUCAUCAAUUGCUACAAUUUUGCCUGUGGUAAGAAACGAAGACGUUUUGGAUAGUUUAAAGAAUCCUGGUUCGGGUCCAGGUCGGGCUUAUUCGGGUCUUGUACGGACUUCUUCUUUGCCGGUGGAAACAGAGGAAGAAUGGAGAAAAAGAAAAGAUCUUCAGAGCUUGAGAAGGCUUGCAGCGAAACGACGUCGUUCGGAGAAACAAAGAAAUGUGACUAAAGGUGAGCGAGAUGAUUAUGUGGCAGCUAUGGGUCGGGUUGGGUCUUCUCCUGGACCUUGUUUCGGGUCUGAUAAAUGGUCAGAGUUUGACGCUAGAAGUCGUCAACGUCAAGGAUCAAGUGGCAGUGUUGGCCAAACAAGCACGUUGCUACAAGAACGAAAGAACAAGAUUAGUAGUGGUUUGUCAAGAAAAAACGAAUCACCAAUUGGUAUGGAGCGAGAGAGCCAAGAUAAGACUCGGAUGAAAGAGAUUGGGUCGGAUUCAGUAGAGGAGAUGCCUUGUGUUUUCACUCAAGGAGAUGGUCCUGAUGGAAGGGUGAUCGAAGGAAUUUUAUACAAGUAUGGCAAGGGCGAAAAAGUGAAGAUAAUGUGUGUUUGUCAUGGAAGCUUUUUGUCACCGGCGGAGUUUGUGAAACAUGCUGGUGGAACCGACAUUGCUCACCCUUUGAAACACAUUGUAGUUAAAGCUAGUCCCUCAUUAUCAUGAAGGAUGGUGAUGAUGUUUAUUGAUCGAUCGGAUCGAGCUGCCAUUAUUGGAAUCUUGAUUCCUUGAUCACUGUUUUCUAUUACGAGUAACAUGUUUGUUUGUAUAGUGUUAUUAAUUACUGUAUUAUUAUGGAUGAUCGAUGGAUAUAUGAAUGCAAAGUGAGAGAGCUCGAGAGGCUUGGAUGAUGAAUAAUCCAUCCAUCCGCAAAUAUACGGAGCUUGUUAGUUUAUUGAUGUUGAGAAUGAAAAUUAACAUUUCCUUUG